CUCUCUCACCCGUCACAACACUAAGGUCCCCAAAAAAAGCAAUAUAUUGGAUCGAAUAAAGUUCUAAACACAGUAAAAUAAUAAAAAUAAUUAAGAAAAAAAGACUAAAGUGAAAAAAAGUAGGAGAUUCCAUAGUGGAGGCCAGACCCAGAAGCUGUUGACGUUUGAAGGGGUUGUACUUGUUGCAAUAGCCAAUAGUAUGUAAGUAAAAAACGAUGGCGUUUCGGUGGUCUUUUUUUUACUUUACCUGCACCCAUUGGGAAACGAUCCAGGGUACACUCGGUUUCGUGGUCUCUCUGUCUUUUUCUAGUUCUUGUAUUUUUUCUUCUCUUUCUCGGUACCCAAAGUGGAACAAAAAUUGAGCAGAGUACAAACUCGGGUUGCUUCAGAACACACUUAACUAUUCUCUUUCAACAGCAAAUUUCAGAGUGUUUCUCACAAAUUCUGGGAUCCUUCAUUGCAUUGUCUUAACCUCUCUUCCCCAAACUUUCCUUUCCCUGUUUGGUCGCUAAGAAACCCAAGAGAAACUUGCUUAAAAACAAAACAAAUAGAACCUUAAUUCAGCUUAUCAAUUCCCUUCCGCUCUUGGUAUUCUCUUAUUUCCUAUUACCAAACUUAGCUAAAAAGAGUUGUUGUUUUUUUCCUUAAAUGGAAUGUGUUUGAUGAUGAUAGUUGUUGCAAGAGAUUCUCAAGCUCUUUAAAAUAAGUUUAGAGAAGUAUUACAUUGUUUUGGCUUGACAUAAGGCUUUGAACGAUUCAAAAAAUGGCCGAGUCAACCAAAGUGAGGUUGGUUCGGUGUCCAAAGUGUGAAAACCUUCUCCCAGAGCUUGCUGAUUAUUCGGUUUACCAGUGUGGUGGCUGCGGUGCUGUUCUUCGAGCUAAAAUUAGGAAUCAUGAAGCAGUUACUUUCUUGGACAAGUCGAAAGAAGACAGUCUUGGCAGAGUCUCUACCAAAUCCCAAACUUCCUCCGAGAAGGGAAUAGUAGACUCAAGUGAUGCCUCUGAUGCAGAUGUUAAAUCAAGUGCUGGGUUUUUGAUGUGUGAUCAAAGGGAUCCAGAGAAUAAUGAUGUUGAGGGCAGUGAUAGAAGUAGGAGUGAAUCAAAGGUUGCUGGUGAUAAAUGGUCUCUUGAGAACCCAAAUGAUAUUAGCAGGAACAAGGAUGAUAUAGUGAAUUCUAUUGGAAGAGAACAGGAGGAUUUGGAUUCCAAUUUUGUAUAUACUGGUGGAUCACAAAGACUGGGACAGAUGUCCGAUUGGCAGGCUGGGAAACGAGAAGAGAUGGAGCAAUUUCAGAGAAUUCCAAGAGUUGUCGUUGAAGGUGUGCGAUUUUCUACCUCAAAACACCCAGAUGAAGGCCCAUCAAACCUUAAUUUGGAUUCUUCUUAUGGUUAUCGCGAAUCGUUGCAGAAUCAAACUGACCUGGAUGGUUCUAGUAGAAUUCACCUUGACCAAGAUCGAGCUGUGCUUCUGAGGAAGCUAGAUGAGCUAAAGGAGCAACUUAGUCAGUCUUGUGAUGUGGCUGAUAAACCAAAAGAAAAGGCUCCGGUUGAUAGGAGGGUAGUUCCUCCAGAGUCUUAUGGUGGUACUGAUAGCUGGUUUGCAAAUAGUUCUUCUGGAUUGCAGAAGCCCUCAAUGCCUUUCUAUGGACCUGAUAAGCAUGCUGCGGAAGCAGGACCUUCUUACUUUGGUUUUUUUCCAGAACCAUUUGCUUAUCCCGUUGAACAUGAUGUGACUCAGCAUGGGUUGUAUCCUCCAAUGCGUAAUCCAAAUCAUAUCCCUGCAUAUGGAGAUCCUUUUGGAUCCAAAAUGCUUGGAAGAGCUCCGCACCAGUUCCCUGGAGAAUACCAACAGCCACGUCAUCCAUACUUUUCUGGACAGUACAUUGAAAGUAAUCAUGAUCCAUUUAUGCCAUAUCCACGAAGUUCAGUGUUGCACCAGGCUUCUUGUUCUUGCUUUCAUUGUUAUGAGAAACAUCGGCGAGUUCCAGCACCUAUUCCACCCAGUUCAUUUGGCAAUAAAAGGUUCCCUGAUGUGCCUAGCAACCCAUUUUACCAUAUUGACAACCCUAGGUCUUUUGGUUCGCAUUACCAUAGUUCUAGGACCACAAUGCCCCCAUUGAAUGCUCAUGCUAGAUGGCAGAAUGAUAUUAACUCAGACAUGGGUGGUUUUGUUCAUUACCGUCCCCAGAGAGUAGUGCUAGCUGGUGGUGGGCGCCAUAUUCGUCCUAUAGCUGGUGGUGCUCCAUUUGUAACGUGUUAUAAUUGCUUUGAAUUGCUACGAGUGCCCCGGAAAGUGCAGCUCAUGGUGAAAAAUGAACAUAAAUUGCGGUGUGGAGCCUGUUCAACUGUGAUAAACUUUAUUGUCAUGGACAAGAAGCUUGUUCUUCUUAAUCAUGCAGAAUCAAAGGGAAUUUCUGUAGAUGUUGAUGAUAACUGUAAUGAAGGCCGUGUCAACCGAAUUGCUACUAACUUCUCCUCUGAUGAUUAUGAUCAUUCAGGUUAUGAUUUUCAGUCAAUGGAUAGAGAACCUGUUGCAUCGUCAACUGGCCAGGCUUUGAAUUCAGUCAGACCUCAGGAAAUGCAAAGCUUUCAUUCUUCAUCUCCUAGCACCUCCGAGGAUGAAAACAGUCCGGAUGUUUUAACUGCUUCAAGACAGGAAGUGAGUUCUGUUCAGCAGCCAGCCAAAUCCACUUUGUCUUCCCCACCUGCAGGCUCACCUCUUCAAGAGCACUUUGAUUAUUCUUCUAGCAAUCAUGCAGCCAAUCGAUUCAGGAAGGGAAAUCGUAGUAGUCGCUCCGAUCAAGAGAAAGUUGUGUCAAUCAAGGGUGCCACACGACAAAAUUCUUUAAAAGAGGCAUUACCUACUGAGAUGGAGGUGUCAUUCAAUGAGUAUGCUAAUACUGGGAUUUCUCAAGAUUCAGGGGAUGUAACUAGGGAAGAUGAUCAACCGAAAAUGGCAAAAGGAGGUGAAUCAUUUUUUGCAAAUAUUAUCAAGAAGAGUUUUAAGGAUUUCUCAAGAUUUAAUCAAACAGAGGAACGUGGGAAAAGUAACAUUUCAGUUAAUGGACAUCCUAUUCCUGAACGUGUGGUUAAAAAAGCUGAAAAGAUAGCUGGACCGGUUCUUCCUGGACAGUAUUGGUAUGAUUUCCGAGCUGGAUUCUGGGGUGUUCUCGGCGGACCUUGUCUUGGCAUAAUUCCUCCUUUUAUCGAAGAAUUUAACCAUCCAAUGCCAGAGAACUGUGCUGGUGGAACCACUGGUGUUUUUGUAAACGGGAGAGAGCUCCAUCAGAAAGAUUUAGAUUUGCUUGCUAAUAGAGGGCUUCCACCUGACAGAGAUAGAUCUUAUAUCAUUGAGAUAUCGGGCAGAGUUCUGGAUGAGGACACUGGUGAAGAGCUAGAUAGCCUUGGGAAACUUGCGCCAACAGUUGAGAAAGCGAAGCGUGGUUUUGGCAUGAAAGUUCCAAGAGCAGCUGCAUAAUGCAUUUGUAAUGAUCGCAGAAUUUUUGAUUUUUUCUAAACCAAGUGCCGAAAUAAGCAUCUUGGCUGUAUUGGUUGGAACUUGGAAGGUCUGAAAUCUGAAUGAUGUUUCUGUAGCUAGAUGGGUUGGUGUUGGAUUGUUUCUUAAGCCAUCGAUAAAAUAGUGAUAAAGUUUCUGAUUUUAUUAGAUAUUUUCACUGGUGGUGAUAAUAGUUCACAGUUUAAAGUUACUGCUUUCUCUAUGCUGCAAUUUGUAAAUGGGAUUUAUGUAAAUUUGGUUUGAUCCCUCCAUUUUUGUUUUACGGAAUGAGAUAUGGAUUUCUCGUC